ACUGGGCUUGCCCGGUCAUGAGGCUGAGACGUCUAGCGUUAUGGGGGCACUCGUUCUAGUCCUGUGGGCUCUGCUGAUGUCUGCAGAGUGUGCUGGCAGCCCCACAGGGCCAGGUGAGAACCUGAGCUGCUACCAGUGCUUCAAAGUCCCCAGCCAGGCGUUUUGCACACCCACCGCAUGUGCCUCCACGGACCGGGUCUGCGUCUCCAACGCGGUGAUCUUCACCCUGAGAUUAGGGGUGAAGAUUUUGCUCAGCAAGCGCUGUGCUCCCAGGUGUCCCAACACCAACAUGAAGUUUGAAUGGCUGUCAGGCCCCGGGCUAUUGGGCCAAAUCAUCAGGCAGUGCUGCUUGGGGUCCCUCUGCAACGGGGCACCCACCCCUCAGGAGAGUCCCUGGGCCCUUCCGAGGGGGCUUCUGCUCCAGAUGGGCCUUGGCCUCCUCCGGGCCCUGCUGUGAGCCCUGGCUCCUCAGCCCUGCAGCCCCGCCUGUCCUCCCACCUCCAGCCUCUGUCCUGCCGCCAUCCCUCUCAAGACCCUGGGUGGGACACUCCCCGCUCUGAGGUAGUCACAGGGGCUAUCACCUCCCCCUGGACCUGGCCGCCUCUCCUGUCCCCAGGGCCCUUUGCUCACACAGCCUGGGAACGGAGCCCCACUCCAAGUGGGGAAGAAUGGGUGUUUCCCAGUUUGGAGUAACAGCCACUGCCCUGAAUGUUCUGUCCAGGGCCCCGUGAGGGGUAAAAAGAGCCCAGCCAGGAUAGAGGAAGCUCAGCGCUGACUCUGGCUCGCCCAGUUCUGUGACCGUGGCCCCUCCAGCACCACCGUCCUGGCUACCUCUGUCCGUGCCCCAGGCAGAGUCUUGCGGUGGUACGGUGACCUUCACUCCU